AUACCUGACCUCCUGAGGAAGCUGAGGCUUUCAGUCUGAUCUCUGGAAGCUGCAGCGGCAGCAGCAGACGACAUGAAGCCCAAAUCUCUGCCCUCCAGGCUGUUUGACAGACAACCAGCAGCAGCAUCAGGUGAGACUGUGAGUGUCAGUGCUGCGAAGUAUCAGCGCCAUGUGGACUGUGAGGAGCAGCUCUCCUCCGAGGACAGCCAGCCGGAGGCCGGCAGCAGCAGACACAAGGAGAAACACCUCAGGGAAUUACAGCUGGCCUUUCUGCCUGAGAAGUACGAGAAACUAAUAGAUGAUGAGGAUAAAGUCAAGGCCAAAGAGGAGAAGAAGAAAAGGAAGAAAGAAAACUACAAGAAAGUCAGGAAAAAUGUCGGGAAGGCCCUCCGCGCUACUUGGAAGUGUUUCAAGCUCGGCCUGUAUAGCUUUGCUCUGGCCUACUCCACUCCCAUCACAGUGGCAGCUGCUUUUGCCCCUGACUUUCACCCAGGAAGAGACAGGACCUGAGCCGGGCUGUGAACACUGACCAAAUACUGUUUAUAAUGGUCGAAAUUGCGUUUUUGUAUCAAUCUAAGAGUUAAAUCGAACGCUCACGUUUUCUGACUGUGUUGUGCAGAAAUUUUUUAUCUGUAAGAACAAUUCAAGUGUCAGUUAUGAUAGAGUUAUUAAUCACCUUGUAAAGAAAGGGGUAUUUAUUAUUGAUUUUUUUAUUUGUGCUUGUAUAUUCCUCCCCAUAUCAUGAAUGUAAUGUUAUAGUGAUAUUCAGUAUGAUUCCUCUGGGUAGGUCAAAUCAUAAAAUCCUAUAUUUAUUCUGUAAAACUGUUGUGUGGAUUGGGCUUGUAACUGUAGUACAGGAGCCAAAAUCACAUGUUCUGUAUCCACGUUUUGAUAUGAAAACACAAAUGUGAGUUUUGUGACUCAGGGAAUGAUUUUUGUUGGUGGUGUAUCUGUAUGUGUGAAGAGGGAGAGUGAGAGUGUGAGAAGAUUAGCCAGCAAGAGCAAAAAAGUCUAAAAACAUGAAAAUAGAAAUUGGUGAGAAAUAAGUCAGUGUUUUCAACUUAAUUGUUCCUCUUGGCCAGCAGAGGGCGAGUUCUUAUGUUGAGGACAGUCAGUUUCUCAAGAGGCCCCUGGGAAACCAGGAAAUCAAUGCUUUUUUUUUUCAGAGAUGAACUGAAUCUGUUACAAUCAUGAGA